AUGAAGUUCUCCUGCAUUGCCCUCGCCGGUGCUGUUCUGCAGCUCGCUCAUGCCGGUCCUGUCAACAAGCGUGCCGAAGGGGUCACCGAUGCCGACAUCCUCAACUAUGCCCUCACCCUCGAGCAUCUCGAAGCCAGUUUCUACGAGCAAGGCUUGAGCAACUACACUAAGCAGGACUUUCUCGAUGCCGGGAUGACCGAGUCCUUCUACAACAACCUCAUGUCCGUCGCCAUGGACGAGAAGGCCCACGAGGACUUCCUCACCCAGGCCCUGGCCCAGGCUGGAGCAAAGCCCGUCGAGCGCUGCACCUACGCCUUCCCCUCAACCGAUGUCAAAUCUUUCCUUGCCCUGGGCACCAUCCUCGAAGGCGUCGGCGUCAGUGCCUACCUCGGCGCCGCUGCCUCCAUCAUGGACAAGGCCUACCUCACUGCCGCCGGUAGCAUCCUCACCGUUGAGGCCCGACACAGCGCUUACCUCCGGGCCGCCCUGGGCGAGUCUCCUUCCCCGCAACCCUUCGACAACCCGCUUGACUUUAACGAGGUGUACACCGUUGCCUCGCCUUUCAUUGCUUCGUGCCCCUCCAGCAAUGCCGCGCUCCCGGUCAAGGCCUUCCCCAGUCUGACGAUGAGCAGCAUGAAUGCUGUUUCUGCUGGACAACAGGUUGAGCUCACUGCGGGCGAGGGGUUUACCAGCAUGAACACGACUGAUCUCCACGCCGCGUUCAUCACCGUGACAGGUCCGGUCUGGGCCAAGGCCAUGCCUGCGGGUGAAGGCAAGUGGACCGUCACUGUUCCAAUGGGCGUUGCAGGCCAGAGCUACGUGGUUCUCACCAACGGCGACAAGCAAGCGACCGACGACAACAUUGUGGCAGGGCCUGCUAUCAUCGAGAUAAGCCCGAUGCGCAUGUCGAUGUCCAUGUCCGGUAGUGCUAUGCCCGCUCCGACCAUGUCCUGGGCUAUGGGCGCUGGUUCUGUUUCUUGGAGCUUGAUGGCGUCCAUGACUGCGUCUCCUACCCCGUCUGCACCGGUGUUUACUGGAGCUGCAGGCUCAGUUACCGCGAGCGUUGGAGGCGUUGUUGGUGCUGUUGCGGCUGUUGCUGGCUUCUUUCUGUAG